CCAUAUCACUAUCAGUCGUUAUCAUUACCUAUCGGAAAUUUUCUUUUUAUUGAUAUGCGAAUGCGGGUAGGUACCUAUGUACUUACCUACUUAUUGUAAAAGCGAUAACCAGACGUCAAAGUUGAUUUAUUUGACGAUUAGAUAAAAAUAUAUAUCAUUCCGUCUCAACAAUUCACUCAGUUUUAAAGCAACCAGAUUUUUUAAAGAUAUUACUUAAUUAAUAAAUUAGGCAUUAAUAAUUUUGUUUUUACCUCGUUUUGUGGUUUUAUAGUGUACAUUGUAGGAGUGAUACUAAAUGAGUGAUGUGGCGGACAGACCCAAGGAACGCAAGGCACUGCGACGGCAGAGGUCUAUAUACCAGGUGCACUACAACCUCCGCAGGCAGGAAGAGGUGAUGGCCAAGCCCCUGGCGAUGCCGUCCGCGCCGCUCGAGGUGCACGCCUACGAGAUGCAGGUGGCGGGCCACAGGAACGACAAGUCCGACAAAAAGUUUCUAGGGUUGCUCCAAUGCAGCAACGGCAGAGUCCUAAAACCCAUCCUGAAAGAGUCCCAGAAACGUGAAGUGGACUUCUACAACCGACUGUCAACAUCCACCAACGCUGACCUGGUGGAGCUGAGGAAGUACGUGCCCAAGUACUACGGCUGUAGGAAGUUCACGUACAAUGGGUUUGAGCAGGAGUACAUCAUGCUGGAAGACCUUUCUGAGAGGAUGCUGGACCCUUGUAUAAUGGAUGUUAAAAUUGGCAAAAGAACGUGGGACCCCCACGCCUCGCUGGACAAGAUGAGGCGGGAGGAGAGCAAAUACGCGCAGUGCAAAGAGGAGUUCAGCUUCUGCAUCCCCGGCUACCAGGUGUACAAACUAGCGACCGGCAAGCUGCAGAAGUACAACAAGGAGUACGGCAAGAAGUUGCAUGGCCCCAUGGUUAGAGCUGCAAUUAAGAACUUCCUCAACGGGCUGGGUUCGAGCCUGUGCCGAGCUCUCAUCCUACAGUUCCUGUCGUCACUAUGGAGCGUGCAGAAGUGGGCGGCGCGACAAACCGCCGUCACUCUUUACUCCACUUCUUUACUGCUGGUGUAUGACGCCGCGAGGCUGAGGGACUGCUGCGGGCAGAACGAUGUCCUCACGUCUGGAUUCAAAUGCCGCCCGCCAGCAGUACCUAGAAGAAAAUCCAUCCACUCCCUCCAUAAUCCGGCUACCGGCUCCAAUUUUAGCGGACAAAUUUCUUCCAAGGGACCCGUCUACAGAAAAGUUAACUCCGUACCCAUUUCUUCCAUGACCCUCGCCCAAAAAACCUUCUCCCCUCCUCCAGUUACUAAAUCCCCUUGGAGUGAGGCCUUAGAAAGAUUCAACCAUAACCACUCCUUCGAACACAACUACGAAGAUAAGCUCUCAAAAAUUAAGAUGAAUUACCGGGCUACUUUGGAUCAGUUAGCGAGUGAUACCCCCUCUCCCAACCCGUGGGGGACGGUCAAAAUAAUAGACUUUGCGCACGCGUUCUUUAAUGAAGAGGACAAUAUCCGAGUGGAUACAAAUUUUAGAGAAGGGAUUGAUAAUGUUGUGGCUAUGUUUGAGUCGCUGCUGAGAGAAACUGAUGAUCAGGUUUUCUGAUCUUUUGGACUGUUUUGAUUUAACCCUCCAUGCGAUUUGUUAAGGGUGUAAUCACAUUUAUUAGCAUCGAUUCGCAUUUUAUUUAUUGAAAAUGACUAUUUUGUAUGAAGAUAUAGGCAACAAUAAUUAUUCUCCUUUCCGAAAAUGCGUAUAUGCGCCGGCAUAGACGAGGGACAAUAGUCCGUUAUCUUUUACCUCAGCUUUCGCGGUACUAUUAGUCCUAUGCAGUUCUUAGGUGAUCAAUUUUUGUCUUCCGCGGACAAUCAAUCAACCUGGUCAUUUCGUACUAAAAUGCCAACUGUGACGUGGCACUUAAAAAUAUAUUCUUUAGCGACUUUUAUGUACUUAAUAAAUUAACACCCGUAUUCACAAACGUUACUAUGAGGUCACAUAUUACGCUCGAACGCACAGUGUCGGUUCCACCAAUCAGAUCACUGUAUCACGUCAAUUUACAAUGAUCUGAUUGGUGGAACCUGCACUAUGCGUUCGAGCGCACUGUGAGGCCUCAUAGUAAUGAUUGUGAAUACGGCCACCACGAAUCAUAAAUAGCAUCUCAUUCAACCUGAAAGCAUACUACAGCUAACUAUUGCAACCGACUCACGUUACGUAUAAAUGUCAAACUACCCACUAGAUGCUAAUUGGUUCUGACAAAUGUGAUUACUGGCUAACUUUCAUCAUCAGCUGGUGGUUAAUUUAACUGUUUAGAGUUUCCUUGAUGCAUAUUAACGCAUCACUAUACCAAUUUACUAUGACAUUAGUUUUGCGUUUGCGCAGCUAAAUAAUACGACAAUGUAUUUCAAACCAGAAAACCAACAUGUGCCAAAUCUCAAGAUAAUUGUCAAAAACAGAUUUUGUAUCUAUUGUUAUUUCAUUUAACAUUAUAAUAAAAAAAAAAUUGUUACCAAUAGACCGUAGGGUCGCAGCAAGGUAGAUGUUUUUGAGGGGGUUCAACCCCACCUUUAGAAUUGAAGCAGACUCAUAAAGCCAAAAAAUAUACAUACCAAGAUAAGUUUACUUGUAAGUAGAUUAUUUGUAUUUAAUGUAUUCCAUCCAUCUUACUUUUUAAGAUUAAAAAAAUUGUAUAAAAGUACAGAAUUCAGACUCACUACCUCUUUCGGGUAGUUCUUAAUUAUAGUUAUUUUAUUGGAUGACUUUACGUGAAGUAAGUUUUCAUGAAGUUUUAUAAAAUUAAUAAUAUGAAAUAAAAUGAGUUGUAUAAAGUUAAAUAUAUCAAUCAGUACUUAAUAAUGUAACUAAUUAAGCUAUUAUUAAUAAAUUGUUUUAAUAAAAGAUGUGAUAUUUCGCUUUCGCAUUAUAAAUAUUUAUUUUCAAAAUCAGCCAAAAACUAUUUCCCAAAUAAACGUAUCUAUAAACAUAUAUAAAUAUACUGCCUACUGAGAAAUCUAUUCUCGCGCUUUCCUAUGCUCAAAGUAAUGUAAAAAAAAAAACAUUAUUUUUAUUUUACAUACAAUAUAGCUACUAUGUAUUAAUAUUUGAAAAUUCCCAUUUUUGUAGCAAUUUUUUAGCAUUUUAAUAUUAUCCGAUAAAGAAUACCUAACGGUACAUUGAUCAAAAUUAGUUUUGAAACAAUAACAAUUAGUAAGAAUUAAAAAAAAAUUGUACCAAAUCAGAGAGAUCGAACACAGGGUCGUAACAAGGGACUGAAUGUGGGGGGAUUAGUUUAAAAAGAUUUCUUAAUCAGUUUAUCAUAAUUUUCGAAAUUACCCAAAGUUUUCUGUAAUAAGGCUUUGGUGGCACAUUAUUAUUUUUAAAAACAGUAGAAAAAAAUGACCAACUCGUAUUGUAUUUUUAUUUAAUUUUUUUAAUGGGAUUACAAUUUUAUUCGUUAGUCGGUGAGAUAGGAACUUCGGAGUUACUUCAUUAGGACAGAAAGCCUCGUUUACAUUGAGACAGUUCCUCCCGAGAAGUCUCAAGUCGCUUCGGACUUUGAAAUGAGGAACUAUCGUAAUGUAAACAGGGCUUAAAAAGCUUGAAAAAUGAUACACUUUGUUGAGGCUAUUGGUUUAUGUUUCAAAACUUUUGUAUAUAAAUUAUUAUUACCUAUUAAUCUUCAAUAACAGGCAACCGUAAACAUGGGAACAUUUUUUUCAGUGUUGAUAGUAUUUUUUUCGUGAUAAAGAUUAUGUAUCCUAUUCUCAAAUAAGUGCGAAAUUUCGGCCGAAAUAUCGUUCGAUACUACAAUUUCUUUCGUCCACAAAUUCUGUCAAUUUUUUAGUAAAAAAUCGCAUACGACAUCGUAAAAAAUGUACUAAGAUAUCGCAAUCAAACUAUCACUGCGAAAGUUUCGGUCGGAAUUUCGCGCCUAUGUAAACAGUACAACUUUUAGCCAAAGACUUCAAUCAAGCUACCUCCAUUUUAUACAAAAAUAAUUCCACUAUUAUUUAGGCGAAGCAAAAAAAGAUAAGUUUAUAAAUAUACAAUACAAUGUACAAAUAUUUCUAGUAAAACAUAAACCAUGCGACAAAUAUAUUUGAAAACCCUAGAAAAUAUGGACACUACUAAUCAGACUGCAAGGUUAAUUGGGCAACACACUCGAUUACGAACCUUUGAAACGGUCAAUGCGAUAAUCACAAUCCCUCUUAAUUAGGGUGAGAUCUAUAGAGCGCACUUUGACUUUGCUCAGACUUAAGCUUCUUAAAACGAGACAGAUAUAUGUCAGCGCUAUAACGCUGUCUCGUUUUAACAGUAUCUUAAGUCUGACCAAAGUCGAAGUGCACUAUAUAGAUCUCCUUGCACAAAAACUGCAAAUAUGACGGAAUACAAGUUUGCACAUCUCAACAUCGUUGAUAGAUUUCGAGCAUAUAUCAUCAAAUUCAUGUAUCGAAAUGUCAAAAUAAAUAUGACCUCAAACUCCUUUGCAAUAAAUUUAGUCAUAAAUGUACCCGGAAAAACAGGAAAGAUGAAACAUCGGACCAGACAGAGAUAAGCGACCGCUUCGGUUUCGUAAAGCAUUGUCUCUGUCGUUGAGACAGACAUGUCACCAACAUAACGUCAUAUAAACAUAGCUAUGAAUGACAAAGACGACGCAAUGUGAAGUCGAAACUGCCGAUGAUCUUUUUCUUAAGUCCAAUGUGUAAUCUUCCUGCCGGUACUGCAAAAUUAU